UACAACCCAGACCCCCAACAUAGCAUUCUGGCUUACAACCCCGCUCUCUUCAGAUUGCAGUUCAUCCACAACUGGUUUGCAUCUCCUCACUCUGCUCAAGUUUUCGCCAGCACAACCCAUCCACCAUUAAAAUGGCUCCUCCCAUCGUCGGCCACCACCGCAUCCCUCUCACAGUCCAGCACCUCGAAUCUCCACCGUUGCUUUUUCCAACUCACAAUAACCUCAAUGAGUUCUUCGCGUUCAAGAAAUGCCUCCAGCUCCUCGGGCCACCGCCCGCCUUACAAAGGAGUGCGCUGCCGCAGCAGCGGGAAAUGGGUUUCAGAGAUCCGUGAGCCCAGGAAGCCCACUAGGAUAUGGCUCGGGACCUUCCCAACUCCCGAGAUGGCGGCGAUCGCCUACGACGUUGCCGCCCUAGCGCUCAAGGGCCGAGACGCCGAGCUGAACUUCCCUAACUGCGCGGCUUCGCUGCCGGUCCCCGCCUCUGCCUCAUCCCGCGACAUCCAGGCAGCAGCUGCUAGUGCCGCCGCCGCAGCCGGGGCUGCCGGGGACGGUUUGCUUUGGAGCAGAGCGGGCGAGAGGAGUGGGAAUAAUCAUGCGUUUGUGGAAGGGGUUGAUUCGGGGGCGGUUGAUGAUGAUGGUUUUGUUGACGAGGAAAUGAUAUUCAACAUGCCUAGUGUUAUCGCUAACAUGGCGGAGGGGAUGCUUCUUAGCCCUCCGCAUUUGGAUGAUUCCAAGGACGACGGCGGCUCCGACGGCAGCGGCUCUCACAACCUGUGGAAGUUCCCUUGAUUAAUAUCCAAAAAAAAAAAGAAAUGCUUUAUUAUCUAUGCUUUUCCAUGGAAAGAAUUAGUCGGUUCAAGAGUAAUAUUGAUAGAGUGACAAAUCGCGCAAGAUAACAAUGCGUGCAUGUUAUGCUAUUGGUAUUGCUUGUGGAAACUAAUUUUUCCAUGGGAAACAUAUGAAAAUGAAGAAAAAACCAAUUACUUGUCUCCAUAUAUAUAUAACUAAAAACUUAUAACAAUAAGAAUAAUAGAAGUAAAAUGGAACCUAUAUCUAUCCCUCUAUCGAAAAGUCGAAUCCAGGAGAAGCUUUGCCUCUCUGAAUCGCUUGUCCAUAGACGUUUCUUCGCUCGCUGUGGGGAGUGGCUCUUUUUAGUAUCUUAAUUUCUUGAUAUCUUGAAAUGUUGUGGGGAAAAUGGGGAAAAUAUCGCGAUGUAAAUAUAAGUACCCGAAUUGCUAUUAUUGAACACUUUGUGGUAUAAAUAUGUAUGUUGUGUUGUCAACGCUCUAUGCUGUACAAUGAUACAUGCAUUUAUAGUUAUCAUGUUAA